AUGGAGCAAUUUUUCGUGGAGCACGAAAACGAUAUUAUUUGUGUGGGAGAGUGUGGCCUUGAUCACACAACUAGUCAAUUCAAAUUGACGGAGGCUGAUUUAGAGGAGCAGGAAAGGGUUUUCAAGUGGCAAAUCGAUUUGGCCAAGCAUUUUGAUAAGCCAUUAAAUGUGCACUCUCGAAGCGCGGCUCGUCGAACCAUUGAAAUUCUUCAAGAAUGUCAUGUAGCACCAGAUCGGGCAGUUUUACACGCAUUCGAUGGAAAUUUGGAAGAUUUGAAAUUGGGAUUAGAAGCGGGAUAUCUGUUCAGUGUGCCCCCGUCGUUUGCAAGGAGUGAAAAGACCGCUGAAAUCAUCAAAUCCAUACCAAUAACCAAGUUACUUCUAGAAACGGACUCCCCUGCAUUAGGACCUGAGAAGGGAAUCAAAAAUGUGCCUUUGAAUUUGAGGAUCUCCGCAGAAUUUCUAUCGAGAAUUCUGAAAGUUUCAGUAGAUGAAGUGAUCAGUACUACGACAGCUAAUGCAAAUAUGGUUUUCCGGUUUUUGUAA